AUGGAUGAUUCAAUUUCAAAUUGUCAGCUGAACCAGAGCGAAGUGAAUUUUGAAACUGAAUCCAAUGAAGUUCUUGAGACCUUCUGUGGUGUUGAUGACCAGUUUGUCCCCAAGGUUUGGAUGACUUUUAACACCCUUGAAGAUGCUGCAAAAUUCUAUAAGGAUUAUUCGAAUGUUGCAGGUUUUUUUACAAGAAGGGAGCAAAGAGAGAGAGAAUCGGAUGCUGCAGAUAUUCACACUGUCAUACCGUGUGCAACAAAGUCCUUCAUAGAAGCUCAGUUUCAACAUGUGUACACCCACCAAAAUUUCAAGGAAGUCCAAGCACAAUUCAGAGGGAAGGAGAAUUGCAUCACAAGAUUGACCAAUUCCGCUUUAGGCUAUUUAGUAUACGAAGUUGGAGAACAAGUUUUCGACUCAACAUUAAACAAGUUUGCUGUUACUUAUGAUUCAGUAGCAGCCCAAGUGAAAUGUCAGUGCUUAUUAUUUGAGUCAAGAGGGAUAUUGUGCCAUCACGUCCUAAGUAUGUUAAGCUUUGAACGAGUAACCCAAGUGUCACCAAGAUACAAAUUGGAACGAUGGAGCAAGAAUGUAAAGAGGAGACACACUCAUAUCAAGAGCAGCCACGACGAGUCACUAUUAGAGCCAAGAAGCAAGAGGUUUGACGAAUUGGUGUUUCGUUCGCAAAAUAUAUACGGAUUUGCAUCAGAAUCCGAGGAGCUCACUGCCAUUCUGCACCGUGCCUACAAUAACGUCGUGGUUGAGAUGGAAGAAUUGAAAGCAAAAAGGAAGGGGUCAUCUUCGUUAUCUUACGAAGAUGCUAACUUGAAAUCCGUUAACGAGCUUCAAAGUCCUCUGAGGGUUCGAACAAGAGGACGUCCAAAAAAUAGGCUAGGUUCAAAUAGGGCCGUCAAAAUGGGCCAAAUCCGUUGGGUCAGCCCAUUUACCCAUUUAAAUGGGCGGGCUAUGCCUCCAAAAUGA